GCCUAACUAGUGCUUGCCAGCAAAGGUUUGAAACAUCUCAUUAUCCGCGAGUUCGUUUGACAUAUAUUUUGCAUCUGCUACUCAGGCGUGAGUAUUCAGCUCGCCUCUCGCUUUAUUUCCGUAUUUCUUCUUCUAGACGGUAGAAUAUUUUGCUGUUAUUCGCCAACCUUCUGAGAAGCUUGGUGGGGUUUGCAUCUGUUUGCAUCACUCUUACUUUCAACUUUGCAGAUCGAUUUCGUUCAGCAACACACUACAAGGUUGCGAAGCGGCUGCAGUUUUACCAUAUCAAAUACAUCUAGAGGCGCUUUCCAGGACACAUCACUCGCCAUGGACGGCGACGUCGUGGCUCAGUUCUCCGAAAUCACCGGGUCGACUCCGGAGCUGGCGACCCAGUAUCUGCAGCUAACAGAGUUCAAUAUUGAACAAGCGAUGCAGCUUUACUUUGAAAAUGACGGAGCACCACUUACGCGCGAACCCGUUCCCACGACAUCUACCUCGAAUAUACCCUCUCGCUCUGGCUACGAAGAUGCUUCCGGAGUAGUGCACAUCGACUCUGACGACGACGACGCCCAAACUGCUAACCGGGGUGGGGCGUUCGAGGAUGAUGCGGCCAUGGCACGUCGCCUCCAGGAAGAGAUGUACGGCGGGCAAACUGCCCCUGAACCUGAUGAAGUGCGUGCACCGAUGGCCCGCACCACUGAGACUCUUGUCGGACCAGAGGCGGAUUUCGGCGGAGAUAUGCACGAGAACAUACUUAGCCAGCUUCGUACACGUCAACGACGAGGCAACCGCCCUGGCAUUUUCAACCAACAAGAUACGUCAUCAAUAUGGACCGGCGACGAUGAGCAAGAGGAGGCACACCGUGAAAGGCUGGCGGAAGCAACAGGUGGCGCCUCCGAAGCUUCCUCUAAAUCAAAUCUGCUAGCGGAGAUGUACCGACCCCCUUUCGAAAUUAUGUCAAGGUUGCCUUGGGAUCUCGCUCGUGAAGAAGGCCGGGAGCACGAGAAGUGGAUUCUAGUGAACAUUCAGGACCCAUCCAUCUUUGAUUGCCAGCUUCUGAAUAGGGACUUGUGGAAAAACGCUAGCGUCAAGGAGACCAUACAAGAACAUUUCAUAUUUCUGCAGUACACCAAGGACGACCCUCGUGCUGGACCGUAUAUCCAAUACUACUUCCAGGCUAGUGAUGUUUCUGAUAACUAUCCACACAUCGCCAUUAUUGAUCCUCGCACUGGUGAGCAAAUGAAGGCGUGGUCAGGCCCCCCAGUGGUGAAAGCUGCAGACUUUCUGAUGCAAUUACACGAGUUCCUUGACCGCUACAGCUUGAAUCACAAUGUCCGAAACCCUGUGGCGAAACGGAAACCAGAAACAAAGGAGAAGAGCAUCGAUGCUAUGACAGAAGAAGAGAUGAUGGAACUGGCAAUGAAGAACAGUCUCGGGGCGGAGGCUGCGCAGUCAAAGAAACUGGAAGACCCGGAUGACCUAACCCGGAGCUCUGGCGACGUUAAGGGCAAGGGUAAAGCGGUGGAUGAUGAGGAUGUUGAUAUGGAUAAGGCAGAUGAGGACGGGCCGGCGAAGUCUGCAUUUUCGUCUAUUCCGGGCAACCUGCCGCAUGUCGAGCCCCCUGCCGACCCCGCUACAACGACACGCAUUCAAUUCCGUCAUCCUACUGGAAGGGUGAUUCGGCGGUUUGCGUUGGACGAUCCGGUUAGAAGGAUCUAUGAAUGGUUGAAAGCUGAACCUGCCUUGCCGGACAAAGCUGGGGUUGAGUUCGAACUCAAUUCUAUGGGUCGCAAUUUGAUCGAUGUUCUAGAUGAGAGCGUGGGAGAUGCCGGCCUUAAGAACGGAACUGUCAUGAUAGGGUAUAUUGAGGAUUAAGGCGCUACUAGGCUAGGUGGUAUCUCGCCUAGCAAUGGAUGUGUCGGCUGAUCUUCUUGUAACUACAAACGUGAGACGAUUUGCCAUGGAUAAUGAACCCCCAUUUAAUGCAUUUCAGGCCUAGUUCACCUUCGUGUGGAAAGCCAACCAUUUUGAAACUCUGUAGCCGAGAGAUGUG